GCACUUCCUUCCAGAGCCCCGAAGGUCCUGCCGGCGGUCGGAAGUCUCUGUGGAGCGAUGCGGAAGGUGGUGCUGGUCACCGGGGCGAGCAGCGGCGUCGGCCGAGCGCUCUGCCAGCGGCUGCUGCAGGAGGAAGACGAGCUGCACCUGUGCUUGGCAUGCAGGAACCCGGGCCGCGCCGAGGCCCUCCGCGCCGCGCUGGUGGCCGCCCGGCCCUCCGCCCAGGUGAGCACCGUGCAGGUGGACGUCUCCGACCUGCGCUCGGUGCUGCGGGCCGCCGGGGAGCUCAGGCACAGGUUUCGCAGGUUAGACUGCGUGUACCUGAACGCCGGGAUCAUGCCCAGCCCACAUCUCAACGUCAAGGCACUUUUCUCCAGCCUCUUUUCAAGAAACGUGAUUCACGUGUUCUCCACGGCUGAGGGACUGCUGACCCAGGAAGACAAGGUGACGGCCGACGGGCUCCAGGAAGUCUUUGCCACCAACGUCUUCGGCCACUUUCUCCUGGUUCGGGAGUUGGAGCCGCUCCUCGGGCCCAGGGACAGCCCGUCCCGGCUCAUCUGGACGUCGUCCCGCAGCGCCCGGAAGUCCAACUUCAGCCUGGAGGACGUCCAGCACAGCCGGGGCCGGGAGCCCUACAGCGCCUCCAAGUACGCGGUCGACCUCCUGAGCGUGGCCCUGAACCGGCAUGGCAACGGGCAGGGCCUGUUCUCCAGCGUGGUGUGCCCGGGGACCAUGCUGACCAACCUGACCUACGGGAUCCUGCCGCCCUUCGUGUGGACCCUGCUGAUGCCCCUCAUAUGGCUGCUGCGCUUCUUCGCGAAUGCGUUCACCCUGACACCGCACAACGGAGCCGAGGCCCUGGUGUGGCUCUUCCACCAGAAGCCCGAGGCCCUCAACCCUCUGACCAAGUACCUGAGCGCCACGACGGGCCUCGGGAGCAACUACGUGACGACCCAGAAGAUGGACCUUGACGAGGACACGGCUGAGCAGUUGUACCAGCACCUGCUGGAGCUGGAGCGGCAGGUUCGGGCCACCGUCCCGAGCGCGGACUAGCGGGCGGCCCCGGGACACGCCCCCUCCGUCCUUGCCUGGGCUGCUGUCUCGAGGGGCCGUGUGUGUGGGGUGAGCGGGGCCUCCGCUGUCUCCCUCCCCUCUGAGGCCCUGGCGCCCGUGCCCUGGUGAGAAGAGCUUCCUCGGUUACAGGUCGCUGCGCGGGUUUCCGGCGGGUGUCCCAUCACAGUCUGCGGGUGACCCUGCGUUCGCCGCCUCUGCCUGUGGUGCGUGUCCUGCAGCCGUAACCCAGGCCACACUCUGGGACAUGGUGUGGCCUCCGGUGGCCGAGACGCGGGCCGGCCGGUUCUCCUGCUGGCCUGCCCCCGCGGGAGGGUGGUGGCCACUCCGAGUGUUUCCUGGGGGCGUCUUCUCGGGUCUUUCGCCCCCAUUCUUCCUGUAACAGUCCUGGGGUUCGGGCCCUGCCCCCCUGCAGCCGCCCGCACACUCAGGCCCAGGAGCUCAGGGACGGCGUGUUGGGCCGCUUCCUCCCUGAUUUGCAGAGCGUCCCGCUGACGUGGCAGCUGAGGUGGCCUGACCCCACGCUGUGCACGGGCUCGUUGCCGACCAGCAGUUGCUGACUCUUGCCGGAGGAGACUUUGAUCGUUGGUGUUAUAGGGACGGGAGGAGGGUGGUGGGGGGGAGAGAAACACUGACUAGUUGCCGACCGGGACUGAACCUGCAAUUUUGGUGCAUGAGGUGAUGCUCCCACCAGCUGGGCCGCCGGCUGCCGGGGCUUCACACUCACGUCUCGCUGGCUGUGAACUUGCACAUGAUCUGCUCACGUUUUCUCAGUAAAGUUUUCCGGCCGAGUUGCUGCUGGCGGGCGGGUGGUGGCCGUGGUCAGAGGUUGGCCCAGACUCCACAUCCGUGAUGUGAAGACAAAAAUGCUAAAAUGCUUAAUUAAGGUGUUUUGGCCCCAAACAUAACCCAUACCUGGGAUAGAAUAAAGUGAGUGAAGUUUUGGGUGAGUCAAUAAAAAUGAAAAAUCAUAUAGAAGUAGAUUUGCUAUGUAUUUUGAAGGGUUUUUU